UCACUUUUUUUAUCCCCAUCCAAACUUAAGGCUGUGGCUAAAGUUAGAUUGGCCUGCAGAGGGGUAUAUAAGCCCCCGGGGAUGUUGGUACAUUGCGGCUUCACACUAUCUUCUCCUUCUUGAUCAGCCAAACCUCCACUCAUACCGUCUCAAGAUGGCACCAAAGAAGGCAAAGAGGAGGGCAGGAGGAGGAGAUAGCGGCUCCUCCAAUGUGUUCUCCAUGUUUGAGCAGAGCCAGAUUCAGGAGUACAAAGAGGCUUUCACAAUCAUUGACCAGAACAGAGAUGGUAUCAUCAGCAAAGAUGACCUGAGGGACGUGCUGGCUUCAAUGGGCCAGCUGAACGUGAAGAAUGAGGAGCUGGAGGCCAUGAUCAAGGAGGCAAGCGGCCCCAUCAACUUCACUGUCUUCCUCACCAUGUUCGGAGAGAAGCUGAAGGGUGCUGACCCCGAGGACGUCAUUCUUGCCGCCUUCAAAGUCCUGGACCCAGAGGCUACUGGAAGCAUCAAGAAGGAAUUCCUUCAGGAGCUCCUGACCACUCAGUGCGACAGGUUCUCAGCGGAGGAGAUUAAGAACAUGUGGGCCGCCUUCCCCCCAGAUGUUGCUGGCAACGUAGACUACAAGAACAUCUGCUAUGUCAUCACACACGGAGAGGAGAAGGAGGAGUAAGGACAAAGCUAGAAGACAAGAAAGACAGCAAUCCCUUUCCUAUCAUGCCUUCCCUGCGCUUUUCUUUCCUCCUCUUCCUUCUUUGCUUACCUCUUGUGUAAACCUAUGUGCUCUGCCGUUCAUAUUCAAACCAAAGACUUGUCACACUGACACGAGGGGGCUGAUGCACAUGGGGUGUCUAUGUUUGCUUAUGGUAAAUAAGGGUGAUUUUUUAAUAAAAUGAUCCUGUAACAUUAUUUCAUAAUCAACAAACCUUUCUCAAAAACCUUUUUUCCUCCAACCAUCUUCUGUCUUCUCACCUCAAUAUUUCUGUCAGCUCUGUCACUUCAACCUUCGAGGUGGUUGUGUAGAUGAAAUGUGUCCCUCUGCUUCCCUCAGUAUCUGAGCCGAAGACAGGUUUUCUUUUGGAAAAGGGGGGCGCAGGAAUAUGUGAGGACCUCAUUCCAAAUUUUGAAGAUGUCCUCUCGAAAAAAAGGUGAGAGGAGGGAGAGCAUUUGUAGGUUAGAAAGAAGGAAGUUACCUCCUUAAAGUGGCGACAACUUUUUCCUUGAAAAGUGAAAAAGAAAAAGACUGAAGGAGUUGAGAGAAAGGGUCGAAAGAAAACAUUCAAGUCUUCGAUUUCUUUCCCUUCACUCCUUCCUGCAACCAUUAAAUCAUCUUUUUUUCCAUAAGUUGAACUCUUCCUAGCCUUUCCUCUGUAAUGAACAAAAGGGACAAACUGUGAAUAAAACCGCUUUCCUUUUGUAAAA